AGUUCUCUUGUGAUUCGCCAAUUGUUAGAAAACAUUAUUUCAAACAAAGUUACUUACAGAAGCUCUCAUAAAACUAGAUAACUCUGGAACCCACUUUGGAUGCUUCUGGUUCCUAUUUCAAAGUAGGUGAAUGUUAAAAUUGACUAAAGCAAGUUUAGCUGUAUCCAUAGCUAUCUGUUAAAUGGAAAGUUGUUAAAGAAACAGGGAGUGCUUAUGCAAGGCAUCCUGCCUAUUCUUAUUUAUUUAAUUUAAAGUUUUACUUCCAGUAUAUUUAAGUCCAUAACUAUAGUGUUCAAGACACUGAAGACAAAAAGUACUGGGUCACAUUAGGGUCUGGCAGUAUUGUGCUGCUCUGAUAAUACAGAGGUGCUGUAAACUUGCCUUAACUGGCCAGUUAAACAGGGUUUAUGGCUUCAAAGCAGUUUAUUCUAUUUAGAGACUGUUUGGAUCCAACUAUGCUCUCACUGCAGUCAAUACGAGCUUUGCCAUUGAUUUCGGCUGGUAAAAGUAGGCCCCUUAUGUAUUGUCUACUUUUUGCCCCAAUGUUUUAUUGCUAGGGACAUUUUCAAGGAAACAAUAUAUUUUAAGUGUUGAUAUGCUCUUGCUAUUUAAAAUCCCCACUCAGUGAAGUCAGCCCGUAUGAUCUGCAGGAUUUACAUAGAUAUUUGCAUAGAAAUCUAUCUGCUAUCAUAUACAGAGCUCCUGACUAGAAAUGGAGGAUAAACUGCUGAAGAGAUGAGGGCUGCCUGCAGAUUUAAUCUCCAUCUCCAUGUUCCUAUUGAAAAAUGGACUAAGCAGAACCAGAUACACCUCUACCCCAGUAUAAUGGGACCUGAUAUAACAUGAAUGUGGACAUAACGUGGUAAAUGGAGCUGGGCUGAACACUCCGGGGGAAUCAAAGCAAGUUCGAUAUAAUGCGGUUUCACCUAUAACGCGGUAAGAUUUUUUGGCUCCCAAGGACAGUGUUAUAUCAGGGUAUAGGUGUAAUGAUAAUCCUCCUGAUAGGAUGCUAGUCUUCCCCACCCCACUUUUCCAUUUGUGAUGAUAACUCAACAAGCCUUUGAAAGGUUUCCUCCAGGUGAUUUUUCACAUAGUCAUUAUUACUGGGCUAUUUGGGUGGCUGAUCUCCUCUCUUUCCCAGAAGUAUGUAAGUUUCUUUUUACAGGAAGAGCCUGACUUGCACACCCAGAUAAGAUAUGAGAGCUGUACGUCUGAUGAUAUGAGCUGCUUCAGAAAGGAAACAGCAUGUAGCCCUAUUAAAAUACCUGCGGGUUUCAGCUCCAGUUCAAAGCCCCAGCGAUAGCUCGGGGGCUGGCGGCUAACAAACUCCCUGUCGCUUUCGGUUCUCCCCCCCCGCAUCAGGUUUCCCUUUCCCCGCCCUUGCCGUGGAGGAGGCGGAGGGUCCUUGGCGCGGGCUCGGUUUCGUUUCUCCGGGUGGCUGUGGCGGGAUGUUACAUCCCGGCCGGUUGCUCCGGCUCACGCUGCUGCCCCGCUCGCUCUCCGCCAUGGCGGCGCCUCCCGCCGGCGCCUCCGGACAGUGCUUCGCCGCGGAGGGGCCCGGCCCGGACCUGGUCUGCUUCACCCUCAGCGCCAGCAGCAGCGGCCGCCCCGAGCCCCGCUGCUUUGUGCCCGCUCCGGGGAGGUGCUAUUCCCUCUGCGUCCCCGCCGCCCCUAGCGUCCCGGCGGCCAGGCUGCACCGGCGCUUGCAGCAAAGGCUGAGGCAGGAGCCGUUCGGGAGAUGCCAGGUCCUGGGGCUCCUCUGCUACGGGGCGCAGGCUGCGCUGGAGAAGGGCUUCCUCAUCCAGGACCCGCAGGGGGGCCCGGAGACCGAGCGCGCCCUGGAGGAACUGCUGCGGGGCCUGGGCGAGCUGCCGCCGCCGCUGGGCGUGUACGAGGCGGGCGAGCGGGGCGAGCUGUGGCAGUGCCUGUGGGCCCUGCGAGGGGCGGGCGGCAGAGAGCUGCUCCACAGAGCCCGCGUGGUGGCCGCCGAGGAGCCGCCGCUGCACCCCGCAGUGCCCGGUCUCCGCCACGCCGCCGUGUUCCACUCCCUGGAGGCCGCGCGCAGCGUGGUGGAGCAGUGCACAUCGUUCAUCCCUGAAGCCACAGCUGUCCUUGAUCUAGUGGAUAAAUGCCCCAAGCAUUCAAAAAAGGGAGAAUUUCCUGUCAUAGUUAUUGAAGGAUUAGAUGCAACAGGCAAAACUACUGUAACCCAGUCGAUCAAGAACUCACUGAAUGCACUUCUCUUAAGGUCACCACCAGCUUGUGUCAGCCAGUGGAGGAAGACUUUUGAUGUUGAACCAACACUCAUCAGGAGGGCAUUUUAUGCUCUGGGCAACUACAUUGUUGCUUCAGAAAUAGCAAAAGCAUCCACUGAGUCACCUGUGGUUGUAGACAGGAGAUAUAGGUGUGAGUUCAGAUACCCAACCUAUCUACAUAUUGGAAAAAUAACCAUAAUCAAGUAUUGGCACAGCACUGCUGCCUAUGCAAUUGCCACUGAAAUAAGUGGAAAAGUGCAGAAUCUUCCUCCAACUCACCAUGAGGUGUACCAGUGGCCUGAGGACCUGCUCAAACCUGAUCUUGUCCUGCUGUUGACAGUUAGUCCUGAGGAGCGGAUCCGGAGACUGCAGGGAAGGGGGCUGGAGAAAACAGAGGAGGAAACCGAGCUAGAAGCUAACAGUUUGUUUCGCCAAAAAGUUGAAGAGUCAUACAAAAGGAUGGAGAACCCUGGAUGCCAAGAGGUUGAUGCCAGCCCCUCCAGAGAAGAGGUUCUGAGGACUGUUUUGUACCUAAUUAAAAAACACUGUGGUUCAUUAUAGCUGCUUUUGUGUGGCAACAUUUACAGUGAGUUGCUUUUGUGUCCUCUAUUUUUCCUCCCUGGAAAUGCACUCCAUUCAGCUCUUUUCCAUCCAAAUAAGCUGUUCCAGAAUUCUCAGACAGAAGAGUCUCCCCUUUCCUCUACCCAAUCUAAACAGUGUUUUUAUACUAACUCUUUCAUUGCUGCCUAAUGUACUUUUGUAUAUAGAGCAAAACACAACUCACAUGCUGUCCACCAUCUCUGGUGCAGCCACUAACAAAUCAUUAGGGACCAACCAGGUAUAUGAGACGGUAAUAGGAAUGUGCUGGCAUUUCUAACAAUGUCAUUGUAUUCCAUCACUGCAUAGAAAACAUGAUCCUGCAUUCCUUGCAUGCCCAAACUCCAAGUGACUUCAGUGUGAGUUUUGGGUGUGUAAGGAAUGCAGAAUCAGGAGGAGAAUCUGAAACUCAGUCUAGCAGUAAAGCCAUUAAAUGAUCCAACAUUCAGAAACCUGGAAACCACAGUCCCAGUGUUGGUUACUAAAAUUGGAAUUUGGAUAUUAGAGUGAUGGGCAUCCUGCACAGAUGUGAAAUAAAUGAGGGCCCGAUUUUCCCAAGUGCUGGGUACCAAUAACUCCUGUGGAAGUCAGUGGAAGCUAUGAGUGCUCAUGCUUCAGUACCAGGCUUUGAAAAAAUCAGACCCUGAGUAAAUAAAUACAAAUAUGUCAAUACAAAAAAAGGAAAGAUCUGAAUUGCAGGUCAAACCAUUUAAAAGAGAGUUAAGUGGAAGGAGGGCAGAGUCUGCAUACUGGCAUGUUAGAAACAGGGACCUGAGAGAAAUCAAAAUAUAAAACAUUUUGUAAAUAAUAAACAGAAUAUUUUUCUAAAUAGAUUUUUCCCCCAACCUAUUUUUAAUGCAUUAAUGUUAUUUCUCAAUGUUAUUUGCUGGCCUUUUGAUGGAAUUAAUAUAAAGCAGAAAGACAUGGAGAAUCUACUUGCAACAUUCAUUUUAGUCAGUUUUUUCAGCACUUUAUCUGUGCUGAGGUAUGUUUUAUGCAGAGGUAGCUGGACACCAUCUCUACCCUGCAAAGACUUAUGCAUAAGCUCAACUCUAUACACAUGGGUACUCAUGUUGGGGCUACUCACCAGUCAUAAAGCCGAACAUGUGUGUAAGUCUUUGCAGGAUUAGGGCCUAACUGAAAUUCAAGAUGGAAACUUGGCAUUUUAUUUCUAAUCUUGUUUAUAUUUGUUCCUUUAUUAAAUAAGCACAAUUGCUCUAUAAAUAUCUCUUGUCAAUAAAUGUUUUAAAAAUG